UGGUAAAAGCAGCUCUGAGUCUCAGAGCGCACUGACAGCAUGGCAGGAGACAGCGACAGCAAGUUGGACAACCAAGCCGAAAAUGAGCAUGUUGUCAGGCAACCUUUCCUCAUCGGGGUAGCCGGCGGCACUGCCAGCGGCAAGUCAUCAGUUUGUGGGAAGAUUAUGGAGCUCCUUGGCCAGAAUAAGAUCGACCAUCAUCAGAGGCAGGUGGCCAUCCUCAGUCAGGACAGUUUCUACAGAGUACUGACCUCCGAACAAAAGGCCAAGGCUCUAAAAGGACAAUUUAACUUUGACCACCCAGAUGCGUUUGAUAAUGAGUUGAUAAUCAAAACCCUGUGUGAUCUCAUGGAGGGAAGAACGGUCCAAAUUCCAGUCUACGACUUUGUUACCCAUUCAAGGUCAGUUCAGACCACAUUUGAACAGUUUAGAUAGCUUAAAGGGAUAGUUCACUCAAAACUAAUAUUUCUGAGGAAAUUCAUCAUUACUACAAACCCAUAAGCCUUUGGUUGGUCUUCGAAACACAAAAAGCUUAAAUUAAAUCUUGUCUUGGAUUAAACAUUAUAUUCAAAUUGCAAACACGAGGAGAGC